GCCGGUCAUUCUUUCUGUGGCUACGUAGUUCAAAAGGACGAAAACAGUUCUCUGGGGCUGCUCUAUAGUAAAAUCAACAAUUGCCAAACAAUCCUAAACGCCGCUAAUGAUAAAGGCGUGUAUGUAUGGAAUUUGGUGUACACCUGACCGGCGCUAAAUCAUAUGGCAGAGGCGGAAAAAAAGUUUGAUUCCGUGCGUUCGCACAAUUAACAACUGACUACUGUCGCGAAAAAACGAAACGUGAAAGAACUUUUCUCUUGGCGAAACGAUUCAACGCUAAUCGGUGUACGCGCAAAAAUUUACGCUUUGAGAGCGCGACGGUAAAGUCCGCAAUACGCGUAAAUGCGCGCGGCGCAUCGGACAGAAGCGCCGCAGAAACGUGGAACGAGCUGGCCAUGUGACAGGCGGCCGGCCAAUCAGCUGUUUGGCUUUGUCGUGCCGCCAAGCUCAUUUCCAGUCCGUGUGCACGCGGAAAGCUGCGAGCACCGAGUGGCUACAGGUAGAAUCGCGAUUAGUCUGGGUUUGUGCGAAUUAUGCGCGGCUGAUCGCGAUCGAGAGAACACCAAAUCGCCACAGCUGACAAAUCGAGGCGUCCGCUCGUCACGCGUCACCCCGCAAAUCGCCGCCGUAAAUGCUUUUAUAUGCGGAGUCGCCAUUUUGGUGAUACGGCGAGCCGACGAUAUUUGAGGCAAAGUGGGUAGCCCUAUGAUCGUUUUAUUUUUCCCGUGUGCGCGAGCUAACCGCGGAAUCCACGCCAGCCGAUCGACGGCCUAACAACGCCCUGGACAUGACACAACAAAAUAAAACCAUGAACUUCGUGAUACACGACGCCAACGGGCAUCAACAGUUGAUUAAAUUAGUGCAGAGUGCACCUAAUAAAGCAUUAGGUGGUAUUGUUAGCACAACAAAUACAGGUGGCCUUAAAGUGUUUAAAGCUCCCAAUCAAGAAGCACAGGUUUUACCAUCAAAUGCCCAAGUUCUGCGAACUAUCAGUCUACAGAGCUCAUCUACACCUGGCCAGAGACUGGUAACAAUACCUUUGCAAGCUGCUAAAAUGACUACACCAAAAACAGGAGAACCAGUAAUAACAAAAACAAUACAGCUGACUCCUACACAAGUGACUGACAUAAAACAAGCUAUUGUCUCGCAACAACAGCCGCAGCAACAGCAGAUACAGCAGGACGAGCAACAACAGUCUAAUAAUUCUCAAACCAGCAAGGAUAACAAUGGCAAACCUUUUAUCAGUCCAAUACUCGAUCACAGCGGAUCCAGAAAAAGGCAAGACGCUGAAACCGGCGACUUCGUGCCUGAUAAACGAAGGAAAACGGAAAAGAUCGGCAAGGGAUUAAGACAUUUUUCGAUGAAAGUCUGCGAGAAAGUGAAAAAGAAAGGCACCACUUCUUACAAUGAAGUGGCUGACGAACUCGUUGGCGAAUUUACCACUGCUCACAUGAAUUCUUUGACAGAUCAGCAAUACGAUCAGAAAAAUAUCAGAAGGCGUGUAUAUGACGCCUUGAAUGUUUUAAUGGCAAUGAAUAUUAUUUCCAAAGAGAGGAAAGAAAUUCGAUGGCUCGGAUUGCCAACUAAUUCGUUGCAGGAAUGCGUGGCAUUGGAAAAAGAUAAGAAGAAAAAGAUCGAAAGAAUCAAAGCCAAAACGCAGCAGCUGCAUCAACUCAUCCUUUCUCACAUUUCUUUUAAGAACUUAGUCGAACGUAAUCGUUUAAACGAGAGUCUUCGCGGGCCACCAAAGCCGAAUUCUGCCAUACAGCUGCCAUUCCUUAUUGUGAAUACCAGUAAAAAGACUGUCAUAGAUUGCAGCAUUUCGAAUGACAAAACUGAGUACCUGUUUAAUUUUAACGAUAAGUUUGAAAUUCACGACGAUAUUGGAGUUUUGAAGCAAAUGGGUCUAGCUUUCGGGUUAGAAAAAGGGGAAUGCACCGAAGAAAAUCUACAGAAGGCAAAGCUAAUGGUUCCAAAAUCGCUGGAAAAAUAUGUGGAACAAAUGGCAUCAGGAGACCUUGAAAAGUUUAUUCCAAUAACUAUUCCGGGUCCGAGUACAUCGAUGGACGAUUUAGAUAUAAAAUUGGAGGGUUCACGGCCGCCGUCGUCAUCACACACUUCAUUGUCGGAGGAUCCUUUAUCGCCACAAUAUUACUCAGAAGAUGACGACGAUGAGGAAGAGAGCGAUCAAGACGAUCAAGCCGAUAGUGAUCUCGAAGUUAAGUAGCACCCCGAAUAACUUCAAAGGCUAGACUCAGGGAUACUCGCCACUAUCAUCAGCGAUGUUAACAUUAAUAAUAUUGCCGCUGUUGCCAACGCGUUGUCUUUACCCCCGGUCGCCAGUUUUUAACAUGCAUCGAGCAAAGAUGUAGAGUUAAUGCACGAGUAAUUAUCACAGAAACGGAGAACAAAUCCGUCGAAGAAAUAAGAAUGAUCAAAAAAGGAAAAUUUAUAUUGAUUGGGGCCAAGGAGAAAACUUUUAGCAAGUAAUUGGGCCGAGAAAGUUGUUGGCAAAUCUAAGAGUGGCUCUUUUUUUCGCAUCAAGUAAUGAAACUAGACACGAUGCACGCGUGUAGAGUGAACAGAG